GCGCAUACGUAACCUGCAUGUGUUUGUGUGUAUGUGUGUGUGUGUGGGGUGGAGGAGAGGCGAGGAGAGGAGAGGAGGACUCAAACUCUGAGCAAGCGCCACAUAGAAACGCCAGCGCAGGAUCAGCAAGACCUUUAAUAUUUCUGCAUCACUUGAAGGCCACGGUUAACUGACGAUGAAGCGAAGCCGUGUCCCGAGCACCAGCGAGGACUCAGAUAAUGGAAGUAACUCCACGUCCUGGUCUCAGCACUCCAACUCCAAGCACAGGAAACAGAAUGGAAAAAGACCCUCAGAGGUGUUCAGGACAGACCUGAUCACUGCUAUGAAGCUGCAUGAUUCAUACCAGCUGAAUCCAGAGGAUUAUUAUGAGCUGGCCGAUCCCUGGCGGCAGGAGUGGGAGAAAGGGGUUCAAGUCCCUGUUAGUCCCGACUCCAUUCCGCAGUGUACAGUGCGCACUGUAGCUGAGAAAUGCCCCGCUCCUCUGUUCAUCAGGCCGAAGAAGCUGAUUCGCUCAUCUGAGUCAUCGAUGCUGGGGUACGUGGGUAUUCAGACGCUGGCUGAUGGCAUGUGUCGCUAUGACCUGAAUGAGGAGGAUGUCGUUUGGCUGCAGAUCGCUAACGAGGAGUUCAGCAAGAUGGGCAUGCAACUCAUGGAUGAGCUGAUGAUGGAGCGGGUCAUGGAGGAGUUUGAGCGCCGUUGCUAUGACAACAUGAGCCACGCCAUGGAAACGGAAGAGGGGCUUGGCAUUGAGUACGAUGAGGACGUGGUGUGUGACGUCUGUCAGUCCCCUGACGGCGAGGACAACAAUGAAAUGGUGUUCUGUGACAAGUGCAACAUCUGUGUGCAUCAGGCGUGUUACGGUAUACUGAAGGUUCCUGAGGGCAGCUGGCUUUGUCGAACCUGUGCUCUGGGCAUCUUUCCCAAAUGUCAUCUGUGUCCUAAAAAAGGCGGGGCUAUGAAACCCACUCGAAGUGGCACCAAGUGGGUCCACGUCAGCUGUGCCCUCUGGAUACCAGAAGUAAGCAUUGGUAACCCUGAGAAGAUGGAGCCUAUCACUAAUGUGUCUCAUAUACCCAGCAACAGAUGGGCUUUAAUAUGCUGCCUGUGUAAAGAGAAAACAGGAGCUUGUAUUCAGUGUUCUGCCAAAAGUUGCCGUGUGGCGUUCCACGUGACUUGCGGUCUGCAGUGUGGGUUGAAGAUGAACACAAUCCUCACAGAGGCGGAUGAAGUCAAGUUUAAGUCUUUUUGUCCCAAGCACUCAGGCGUGGACUGGAAUGAGGAAGAGGGAGAUGAUGACAGGCCAGUGAAGGUCCAGACCGGCCGAGAGAGAGGGAGAAAUAGGGGAGUGGACAUGUCAUCCUCGUCACAGCCCAGACGCGCACAAAACCCAGAAGAGACCAGACUCAGCGAGCGCAAACUUCGAGUCCAGCAGCUGGAGGACGAGUUCUAUCGUUUCGUCGCCGCUGAUGAAGUCGCAGAGCACCUGCAGUUGCCCCUGGAAACUGUGGACUUCCUGUUCCAAUACUGGAAAUUGAAAAGAAAGGUGAAUUUUAACCAGCCGCUCAUCAUGCCGAAGAAAGAGGAAGAGGACAGCCUUGCCCGGCGGGAACAGGAAGUGCUUUUGCGGCGACUCCGUCUCUUCACCCAUUUAAGACAGGAUCUAGAAAGGGUGCGUAAUUUGACAUACAUGGUCAGCCGUCGGGAGAGAACUAAACGAACCUUGUGCCGAGUGCAGGAGCAGAUCUUUCAUCAUCACGUCAGGCUGCUCGAGCAGGGACGCGUCGCUGGUAUAUCUUCUACUAGACGUUUAGAGGAGGCUAUGUUUUACUUUCGGACGGCACCUCCUGUACCUACAUCCCCCCAGCCUCUGAAGGGUCACUACGGCCAGAACAGUGCCCUGGGCACCACUGUUCAAAAUCACGAGAAAGGGAGCAACCCUUUUAGAGUCUCAAAGCAUAUUGAAGCAGACAAGCCUCCAAAGAUGCCCCGACUGGAAAGCCUGGUCAUGGAUAGUUUGCCCAGUUCCGGGGUCGUCGAUUCAGGCUCUGGAGCUUGUAAGACUGCAGCAUCAGCUACAGCGAAACGGUCGGAGGGCAGGUUGAGGGGAGGUGAGUCUUAUAGAAGAGAUGAGGAAAGCGAGCGCCCCUUGGAGGACAGGAGGAGGAGGAGCAAGCUGUGGGAACUGAGACAGGACACGGUGAAGAACGAGACUGAGCAUGACAACAUGGAUGACAGAUUACUGCUGUCUCACAGCAGAACCACUGCUAGUUCUGUAGUCACUGCCUCGACCACGUAUAACGGAUCUCUGAGGAAGACAAACGCAAGUCAACAUCAGGGAAAAAUAGUGCCAAAUGGGCGGCAUCUGAAAAACUGGGGCAGUUUCAGAAUCCCUAAACGGAGUGAAAGAACGUCAACGGGGAAAGAUGGACAGGACGGAAAUGAUGUGGCGGACCAAAAUUCUUCCUUAAAAACGUUUAAUACAAAUCCAGCCUCCUCCCCACAAAUUAGGACCCGGCUGCGGACAGGAAGUGAGAACCGAAGCCAUGUGGAAGAGUCUGAUCUUGGCCAAUCAGAACAGGGCAAGAGGUGUCACGCCCAAAGACUUCGCAGCCCGAUGACUAGACGUUACGGUUCGGACGUGAUCCAGUGUGGAGUUCUUGCAUCAUGAAAUGCGUCCAAAAAUAUUAUAUUUCUCAUUUUCAUUUGCUCUUCAGUGAAAGGCAAACAUAUUUAUUUUUGUAUUCUGUAAUUUUCUGCUGUUGCUGAAACUAUUUUUUGAGUGUACGUUAAAAGCAUACGCAGAGAGGUUUCAAAGACCAAACAGUUGGCUGAAAAAGACCUUCUUAAUGAAUGAAACUUUAGAUCAGGUGAAAAAAACUGGCACAAUUUUUAGAGGUUAUGAGCACUUACCAGCGUGAAACCAAGCCAGUAAGGCCCAACUGUCUUAAGUCCCACAGAAUUACUGCACUUAACUGAGCACUUAAAAUAUCUGAACACAGCAGUCUAACCAGUAUCCAUAACUUGAUUUCUCAGUAUUCUGCUAACUUCAAAGGCCAUCAUGUUGUGUGUAUGUGACGUGUGCCAUACUUGUUGUGGCACCAUUUCCUUCUCAGGUGAAAUCUGCUUCUAUUUGUACUUAAUUUAUAGAGUUAUGUCUUGGUUUUCUUUCAAACAAACCAAGUGUGUAACAGGUCAAUGCCUUAUAUGUACUCUCUUUGGUCUCGAAGUAAUUCCUUUCCAGAAAAAUAUAAAUAAUAAAAAAAAUCAUUCUUUCACUAAAUCAUAUUCUUCAGCAAUAGAUGGACUCUAGAUCCAAGACAGACAAUUCCACACUCAGUAUGUUGAAACGAUGACACAUACGAUGUACGCCAUUCGCAGGUCUGUUCAGGAAGGCUUUUAACAAUCAUUUACUUCCAGUAUCCAUUACUUUGAAUUCACUUUUGCACUUGAUAUUAAACAUUAACACUAUCAUAGGUCUAAUAAAGACACUGUUGCAUUGAGAGGAUUGAUCUUCUUGACAUGGUUGCCUUGGAGUAGUACUCAAAGUAUGUGUUCUUGCAUCUUUUCUUUAUAGCUGUAAAUGUCUUUUCUCAUACAAAAUGUGAGUUGAGCUCCUCAAGAAAAAGUUUAUAUUGUGUUUUUGUUGAGUUGUUGCACUAGAACAUUAGCCAGAGAGCUUGGUAUAACUGCUCACAGAAAAAAGUGUUUCUACAUGUUUAUAUAAUCAAGCGCUGCUGUAUUUUUCUUUUUUUUUUCUUUUAUUCUUAUGCAAUACAUUUGUUUUGUUGCUGAUUGUGAAUAAAUUUUCUUGAGGUUACUUCAG